AGUAACCACGCAAAACUCACUUCGGGGAAAAAUACAGUUGUGAGGAUCUACAUGAAGAAAAGGAAGGCCUUACGAGAUCAGUACGAGAUGGCACAAGUUCGACCAAAAACCGUCCUAUUGUGGACAGCAUUAAGAAGCAUUUCAACAGCAUUCGAGCGCUCUAUCAUAACGCUUAGCAAUGUUAAAGUCAUUCAUGAACCUUUUGAUGACGUUUUCUACCUGGGUCCAGAAAGGCAGAGUAACAGAUAUGCUUCCAGACCAAUCAAAACCGACCAAACCUACAAAGAGGCAGGACGAAAAAUAACCAAAGAGUACGAAGGAAAAGAGGUUGUUUUUUCCAAAAAUAUGGCACAUUAUGUAGAGAAUAAAUUUGAGAUGUUCUUGGAACCACAAUAUAAAUGUACCCAGCACACUUUUCUUGUUCGUAAUCCUGAAGAAUCCAUUCCAGCCUUGUAUCGGGCCUCAAAAGAUCCCAAGAUCGUGAGCGCAGGAUGGAAUUAUUUUGAUCCCGAGGAGGCAGGAUUUCGACAGAUGUACGAGCUUUAUCACUUCAUUGUAGAAAAUGUUCAUCCCAGUCCUGUACUGAUUGACGCAGAUGAUCUUCUGGAUCAUCCUGACGAAACGAUGAAGACGUACUGCGAUGCUGUAGGCAUAACAUAUCAGUCACAUAUGACAUCUUGGGAGCCAGGCCCAGUCGCAGAGUACGCCCACUGCGCUGGCCUGUGGCACCAAAAUGUUAUAAAAAGUUAUGGUUUCAAUGCUAAGAAGACUAAAGCAGACGACUGUACGAUGCCAGAUGAAGUCAGGAAAGCUAUUACUGAUGCUAAGCCGUAUUAUGAGUUCCUGAAGGCUAAGAAGUUAAAAAUCAAUAUUUACUGAUUAACUGAUUUAAAGUAACCCUGAUGGAGUAAACUGCAGGUCUAAGUAGCAGGUUGCAGGUUAAUCAUUAAAUUUUGGUAUAUUCGUAUAUUUAUCUCCACAAUAUUUGUUUGUUUGUUUGUUUAUUAUUUUUAUUUUUGGGCACAGAAGAAAAAAAGGAAACCACAAAAUUCGUAAACUCUGAUGACCUGCAACCUGCAGUUGCAGUUGCACGUAUGCUCUCAGCCAUACAAAGGUAAAAAUUGUGAAUAAAUUUGUGAAUGUUCAACUGACGUUUACUCCUCUGAUAUAACAUUUGACAUAAAGAAUCGUUGUAGGGAUCAGUGUAGCCGUCAAGUGGUCAGUGAGACUUGAUCAACAGGUUCAAUAGUUCGGUUAAAUCUAAAUUUAGGAACGCCAAGCUGGCAUCCAUUCGAUUUAUAUUGCGGGUUUUUUUUGUUCCCUAUGUCUUCUCCUCUGCUUGAUUGCCAGUUGGAUGUGGAUUUGCCUCAGUGCAGCUAUCGCUACAAUAUGCAAAUAAUGAGUAAGGUUCAUCCAUCAAGAAAUUUGAUUAUGUCAUAUAUUUAUUUCAAUCUCGUAAUUGUGAGAAAUAUCUGACAAUGUUUCAUCAUAUUAAGAGAGGAUGUCAGCAAAAAUCGACCAUACGCCGGCAACAGCCGAAAAAUCGAAUUCGCUCAUAUUUUGGUAUUAGGAAGACCUUGAUGCGAUAUAAACCGUGGUAUACUUCAUUUGCCAAAAUAUCGCUUUAUUUCCGAGAAAAACGAGAAAAACAAAUUCGUG